GAGCCUAAGCUUAAUUUUACCAUGUACUCAUAAAUUAAUAACAUGGAUUUGUGUUUUGAAGCGCCAAACUUAAUUGAAUGGCUAAAGCUUUCUCCACCCUUAGAUUCUUCCUCAUCAAUACCUGCAAUCAUUUCAUCCUUCUCUUCUUAUGAUCAUAGUAAUAAGUCCAAAAACUCUAUGAUUUUGAAAAUGACAUUACCUAAUUUUUAUCAUAAACAACAUCAAGAUCAUGAUCAUGAUCAUGAUCAUGAUCAAGUUCAAGAUCGCGCCGACAAGACGACUUUGCCCCUCUUGAGUAGGCUUUGUGAAGGUAAGGAUAUUAAGGAAGAGGAGGGUAAUAAUGGAAUUUACAAGGAAGAAGAGAUUAAUGAUCAUAAUAAUCAUCAAUUUGAGAAAGUUACUUUGCACAUUGGUUUGCCUAAUAGUAACAUUAUUAGUAACACUAAUUACAAUGAGGAAUUAUUGUCUACUAAUAAUCAUGAUGAUCAUGAUCAUGAUCAUGUGGUGGAGGGUAAGAAACAUCAUUUGAAAAUAGAGGAAGAAAAAGGUGAUCAUGGUAUGAUGAUGAUUAAUGAUGAUAAAGAAAAGAUUAGCAUGAUUGAUCAAAAUUAUUCAUCAUCAUUUAAUUCAGAAAGUAGAUUUUGGAUCCCUACCCAAGCACAAAUCCUUAUUGGACCCAUGCAAUUUGCUUGCUCCAUUUGUAGCAAAACUUUCAAUCGCUACAAUAACAUGCAGAUGCAUAUGUGGGGACAUGGUUCAGAGUACAGAAAGGGACCAGAAUCUCUAAGAGGAACACAACCAGCAGCAAUGCUAAGACUACCAUGUUAUUGUUGUGCGCAAGGGUGCAAAAACAACAUCAAUCACCCAAGAGCAAAACCAUUAAAAGAUUUUAGGACCCUUCAAACACAUUUCAAGAGGAAACAUGGCAUCAAAGCCUUCAUGUGCAGAAAAUGUGGUAAAGCUUUCGCGGUUAAAGGGGAUUGGAGAACCCAUGAAAAGAAUUGUGGAAAACUCUGGUAUUGUACUUGUGGUUCCGAUUUUAAGCACAAGAGAUCUCUUAAAGACCAUAUUAAGUCUUUCGGUAAAGGACAUUCUCCUCAUCCUUCCCUCGAAGGCUUCGAGAAGGAUAAAGAAUGCAUCACUAGUACUACUGCCUCCUCUGAAGACGAGUAGCUAGCUAGUGAUCGAUAAAGUAUAUAACAUAUCACGUAGCCUUUUAACAAAGUUCAAAAAUGUUAUAUACUCUAACAUGCAUGAAUUUAAUUAUUCAUGCACGGGUAAAAAUAUAACCUAAAAUUACUAUAAAAAAAAGAUAAAGUGUUUUGAAUAAUUCCACCUAUUUCCUAUUUAUUGUGAAUCAUUUCUACUAUUAAUUAUUUCCAAAUAACCAGACCUUUGUAUAUUUUUUGCAGACAACACCUUUUUCCACAUUAACUAGUAGUACACUAACUUCUUCGUCCUUCCCAUGCUUUUUCGUUGAUUUACCCCUACUACUCUUUGGUGGUAAGUAUUUAAAGUAGUCGGUUAAAAUGUGGCAAAAGGUACCAAAAAAUAUAUAAAGAUUAGAUUAUUUAAAGAUAAUUAAUAAUAGGAAUUAUUUACAACAGAUGGAAAAUAUAUAAGAUUAUUCAGAACAAUUUUUACAACAUCGAUAAAAGGUGCUAGCUAGAAGAGUUCAUUUUAAGGCUUAUGAUAUUUGGAUUGUACUUUUGAGGGUUGUCGUCCAAGCUAGUGCUCUAUAACAAAAAGCUUCUCAAGAAAGGGAAGAGGUUUGUUCCGGAGCACGAACUAUAUGUGAGGGCAAGAAGUAAUUGCUUUUCACUUGUUUAGGAGCUUAAUUAGUGAUGGAUUGUUACUUAAGAAAUUAAGGGAUCAAUAUAAAGGGAUGAAGCUGAAGAAUUUUCUUCUUAGGGUUUAAGACGAUGGUGAAUAUGAUGUCUAAAUAGCUAAGGCGAGUGUCCUUCAAUGGAGAAAAUUUAUCAGCUUCAUCAAUGCUUUGUAUUUACCCUAAGCUAGAUACAACGUAAAGACUUGUUAUUAUUGCAACUUUACUUUGCUGUUUGCUAAAUUUCUUGUACUUUAAACAUUGUUUCUUAAAAAGUCAUA